AUGUUCGACGUGGCGCAUGCUGGGGAGAACGAGCCGCCCUUCACGUACGAGCUGCCAUGCGGGGUGGCGAAGCAUCUGCGAUCCCUGAAGCUCUCUCGCUCUCCUCUGAAUCGCUGUGGCAUUAGCAAGUGCGGUCAGAUCCUCGCAACGGCAAGUCAAGGAGGAGUCGUCGGUCUCACCAAGCUCGGCCCCGACCUGACGACGCACUUCCCUGCGCAUGACGAUCAGCAAGUGCGUGACCUCUGCUGGAGUGACGAUGGCAAGGAGCUCGUGAGCUGCGGGGGAACGAAACUGCUCCUCUGGGACCUGCGCGACCUCGUGGAUGCCCAGAGCUCAGAAGCCUCGUCCCCAGGAGCACAGACGGACCAAACAGUGCAGGAUCUCCUGGGCAAGACGAAGCCGUUCGGAGGAGGAGGAAUUUCUUCGAAGCGAGGGGGGAACAGUGGAGAUCUGCUGUACUGCUGCGAGAUCAUCGGGCAGAGCCUUCUUGGAGGAAGCGAAGACGGGUCCAUUAUGCUGUGGCACAGGGGGGAGAGCGUAAAUGACCUUGAUCCUUGA